CUCUCCUUCUGCGAGCCAAUAGGAUCCAUCCUGGGAACACGCGUUUCCACAACACGCUACCACGCGAACUUUGUCGCCUGGUUUUUCUUCUGCGUGUCGUGGAUCUGUGUGGGUGACGCAUCAUGGCUCUGCGUGUGUUAGAAAUCAUCUUUUUCAUUUAUUUCGCCUCUCAUAUUCCAAUCACAGUAUUCAUUGAUUUACAAGCCCUGCUGCCUGCACACGUGUACCCUCAGCAGCUCCGAGAUGUUCUGCAGUGGUAUGCAGAGGCGUUCAAAGACCCCAUGGUUGUGGAUCCUCCAGAGUGGUUCAAGUCUUUCAUUUUCUGCGAGGCCUUAGUUCAGCUGCCUUUCUUUCCUGUUGCAACUUACGCCUUCUUUAAAGGUGGCUGUAAGUGGAUCAGGACUCCUGCCAUCAUCUACUCCGUACACGUGGCCACCACGCUGCUCCCGAUCAUAGGUCACAUCCUUUUCUAUCAGUUUCCCGUUGAACCCCACCCUGGUCCCCAGACCAUGAAGGAGCGCUGGCUGCUGGUCUCCAUAUAUGCUCCAUACCUUCUGGUGCCUUUGAUGCUGCUGUUCACCAUGCUGAUGUCCUCCACAUACAACUCCACCUCCAAGAGUGGAAACACAUCAGCCAAGGCCAAGAAGAAGAACUGACUCCGAAACAUACAGCUAUCUAAUUCACUCUGAUUAUAGGAGAUUGUUUUCUACUUUUCUGAAUAGACCAUUUGUGUGUGACAUACAGAGAGUGAGACUGCAUAACACUAUUACUGAAAAGAAAUUGCAUUUAAACCAGCCACAAUGAGCACUUUUUAUAUCUUUUUAAAAUUAAAAAGUUUGAACAUG